CGCACCGUCCUCCCGGGCGGGCUGGGGGCCCCCUAGCUGCUCUCCGGCACCUCCAGGAGGGCCUGGUGACAGGUCUGGACGACCGGGCUUCUUGGACAGCACCUUGGAGCUCGCCAGGUCCGGGUGGACCGUCCCUUGAGCUGGGUGGAACCCCUAAUGUUCAGAGGGGUAGUGCCCCCGACUGAAAGACAACCCAUUUGUGCCCUGGUGGGAGUAGAGUCCCUUCUUGACUAUUUUGGGUGUUUGGGCUUAAGGAGAAAGGCUCUUUAUUGUCAUAGGUGGGCGCCCACUGAGUCUUCUGAUGGGCGAAAAGCCCCUUCCUUCCAGGGCUUCCUCCAAAGUAGAAGGGCAAGUGUCAGGAGUCCCCCUUUCUCACCUCCAGACCUCAAGGCUAAACUUGAUGCCCCCUCGCCCCCGCAAUUGACAAGUUCAUCCAGCCAUCUCCAGCGGCACCCCGCUUCCCUCCAUUUCCGUGCUACUCGUGGGCUGCCAGCUGGUUCCUGCCAGAAGCCUGUGGGAGUGGGAGAAAAUGGGAACUGGGGUUUCAGGCAGAUCUGUGACCAUGUGGGUGGUGAGGACUGACAGUUCUCUUGAUUUCAGGCUCAUCCCCUUGCCAUACUUAUGUAGAAAAUGGGACCAUGAUCUCUUGCAGGGUUGUAAUGUGGAUGGAGUGAAAGAAUUUGGAGGAAAAGCCUUCCUAAAAGUGAAAAUGUUGUACACUCAAAAGGGGAGAUUGUUAGUUUUGUUCUGGAAGGGAUUUUUUUUUUGCCAAGAGGCAGGGAUGUGGGUGGAGAAAUGGCCAUCUUUGGGACUGUCAGAAAGAGCAGUGCUGUCCUUUCUGUAUUAGAGCUUGGAGCGCCAGCUGCUCCUUCCCCGUCUAUCUCUCCUGAUAUGUUUUUUUGUCCGACUUUGUAGCUGUAGCUACCCUCUAUCCAGUAUUUAAUUUAUCAUGGCUUAGCCUGAUUACAACUUGAGGUAGGACUAAAAACCAAAAAAACCAAACCCAGUGCCGUGGAGUCAAUUCCGACUCAUAGCGAUCCUAUAGGACAGAGUAGAACUGCCCCAUGGAGUUUCCAAGGAGCACCUGGCGGAUAUGAACUGCCGGCCCUUUGGUUAGCAUCCGUAGCACUUAACCACUACGCCACCAGGGUUUCCAAGGUAGGACUACUAAGAGUGAAUAACCUGUUUCUGUUCUAAGUUAGUUCAUUUGGUCCAUUUGUAUACACAACAAUAAGAGAGUCACUCAUGUCCAAGUAAGAAAAAAACUGCUGUUUCUUGGUUGGGUGGGUGUACAUAGGUGCUUUUAAGUCAUGUUCAAGAUAUCUUGGAUCAAUAUCCAAGGUAUUUAACCUACUUAGAACCAGUCUAGGAAGACCAAGGGUAACACUAGGCAAGAUAGACUCAUUGGGUGAAGUCCAAGAGAUGUAGAGACAAGCUUUUAAUUUUUUUUUAAGCCAGUUUUACACAAAGUGGUGCAAGAUGGAUGUUUGCCCAUACAUAAGUCACAUGGAAAAAUAGCAUGGCUAAACUCAGGAUCUGUACCUUAGGGGCUCAGGGAGGUAUGGGCCAGGGUGAACCUUUCUGCUUUUAUGAACCCAUUCACUUGGCACAUACCGCCAUUCAUAUUGAGGGCAUCUGCCUGCCGGAGUGUUUUAAAUGUUUACACCAUGCUUUGUGCCACAACUGGAGUCACAAUGUUCUCGCGGUUCAUGGCACAUCUGAUACUGAUCCUAAUCCAUUUUUUUGGCAGUAAAUUUCUAAGGGCGAAUAAGGUGAAAGUGAUCAUUUUUCUUUCUAGUGUCGAAAGAAAGCCUUUCUGAUUAACUAAAAAGAGCCUAGCCCCUUGGGGACACUUUGACCCUAAAAUCUUUGACUCUGUGACUGUAAAAAAUGGUGGCGGAUGGGCAUCUGACCUCCUCUAACUUCACAAGGGGGAAGGAGAAUCAAGAUCAACAGCCCGAGGCUUAUUCCUGUGACGCAGAGGUCAAACAUACCUCCUCUCUCCAACCUUUUUACCAGUUCUGACACCAGCCAUCCCUCCCACAAUUUUUCCUCAGCUGGGUUUGAUAAUUUAUUGUACUGGCCACACAGAACUCACAGACCAUACUUUUACAGUAAUGGGGUUUAUUAGGGAAGUAAAAGGUUAAAAUUCAGGAUCAGAAACCAUUCAAGAUACAGUUCUUUCAUCAGGACAGAUGGCCUCUCUCUGGCCCUUGGCCUCUGGGCCCCUCAGCUCGGCCCCUGCCCUGCUCAUGCAAGUGUUACAAAGCUCAUUAGCUCUGCCAGUAAGUGCCUGGAGGCACCCCACUCCACCAGCAAACCUCUGCCCAAAGGUGCUCAGCUAUCCUGCUCUGUGGUUGGGCACACCCACUGUAACCACCUUACUCCUUGGGCUGGGAAGCCCACUGUGCCCUCUUGCACCAGCCUCCUGGUUCUGCUGUCAUUAUUUCUUUGCCACCAUGUCUCGCUGUCUUAUACCAUCUCCGAUGUUAUAGCUCUCUCUGUCUCCUGGGUCUUAGAGAUUCUCAGUGCAGGGACCCUGGGUCCAAAAGACAUGCUCUGCUCCUCUCUCCUCUCCUUGGUGGUAGUGAGGUCUCCCAAUGUCCACCUCUGGGAUGGCUCAUUUUAAGCCCAGCAGGAUAGCAAAACUGAUCAUUCCCCUCACUAGGGUUCCAUACAUCUUAUUUGCAUGGUCUCACCCCCACAAGGGUGCCAUGCACCUUAUUCACAUUAUUAGCAAGCUAUCCAAUUCCCUUGGUGGUUCACAAGUACCUCAUCUGCAUAGUCCCACCCAGUCAUUUGGUGGGCAUUACAAGACCACGGUGAGAAAGGCCAUAUAAAGGCGAUCCAUCCCACUGCAGAUGAUAGGAAACACUUUUUGAUACGGAACACUUCUUUUUUAUUCUUUUGGUCUGUGGAUGUAGCAUGGACUCUAUUUCUUUCAGCUUUGGAACAAGUUAAAUUGUUAUACUGCUUCAGGAAAGAUCGUGAAUGAUCCAUUUUUUUAGUUUAUUGUACCUGUAGAGAAGCACAAGUUAGUCCAAUGGUGAAUUUUUUAAGUAUUGAAGAGAGAAUCUGCCUUUUUGUAAAUAACAGGGCAGCAGGAAGACAUCCUGCCUCUUGUACCACCAUAUCACUUCCUGUUGAAAUAGUAUCAGUAUUAGCUACCUACAGGCAAAGCAGUGCUAUAGUGUUACAGAACUAACCAGCUGCCUUCUAGUCUAUUGUAACUCAUGGUGAACCCCGUAUGUGUCAGAGGAGAACUGUCCUCCAUAGGGUUUUCAGUGGCUGAUUUUUCAGAAGUAGAUUGCCAGGCCUUUCUUCAAAGGCACCUCAGGGUGGACUCAAACCUCCAACCUUUUGAUUAGCAGCCAAGUGCCUUAACUGUUUGCACCACCCAGGGACUCCUUUGCAUAACUAGCAAGAGCUAAAAGAGAAUUUGGGGGCCCUUCAGUCCAAAAUGAAUCAUCUGCCAUGUGAAUAGGUGUUGAAAAACACAUCAAACUUUAGAAGCUGUUUUCUGUGACCCAGAGGACCAGUCUGAGAGGCUGGGUUUGCACAGGAAUCAGUUGUGAGUGUUUAUCAGGGGGUUGUAGGUAAACCCUGGCCUCGUGACUACACAAAGCCUCCUAGCUUCCAACAGCCUGGGUCAAGUUUUCUUUAAAAGAAAAAAACCAGCAAGUUUCGGCAUCUGCCUUUGUUGCAGAAGAGCUUGGAACAGUCAAAGAAAAAUUACUUAAAAUGGAAGUGGGCAGAAAACCAUGGCAGCCAGCCAGAGAAAUUUUUCUUUGUAAGGGCAUGUGAGGAAGAAGCCGGUCCUGGGACAAAAGAAGGGAAGGGUUUAUUAAAGAAAGAAAAGUGACAACGGUAGUGAUUUUGGGAGAUGAGACUUCAGCAGAGCUAAUUAUAGCAUUGCCUAUUUAAGUCAUUUUCAUGUAACCAAACAAAAUCUUUGUCUUAAAACAAAUUUAAAACUUAGGUUAGAAUUCCACCAGCCAAUCAGAGGAAGAAAGCAAGCUGUGUUACAUGAAAUCAGUUGUCCUUUAACUGAGACUUGUGGAGAAUAGUCUCUCUUAUGGGGCUGGUGUUUAAUGGAGGUGAGGGUUCUAGAUAAUGAUGUGGUUGGGUUUGCUGAUUUAGACACUUCAGUAAUAUGGCUUGAGCUUGCACCAUCUAGUUUGAGUUUCAUGGUAAAGUAGACAAGGCAGUAAUUUUACCCCAUUUUAUUGGUGAAGGAACAGAGGUUCAAAAAGAUGAUGGAACAACCUCAAAAAUCAUUUGACCACUAAGAGGCAGACAAGGAAUUGGAAACAGCUUCUGAUUCCUGGUCCAUCCGUCUUUAACUAUACCAUUUGUUUCUGAGGAACAUGAAGAGUUCCAAACCUGGGUGUUUAAGGUAAGAGAUCUGUUUAGAACCCUAUCUGUUGUUCCGUGUUUCAAGGUAAUCAGAGAUUAUCCUGUCAGAGAAUGCGAAUGCAUCCUGCCCUAAUUCUCUCCUUGACCUGAGCAGUAUGCACGAGGCAAUCCCCACUGACAUGAAAGCACUGAAUGGAAAAUCGUUAAUGUCAAGUUGGUAUUGCUUAAUCAGACACAACUGUUGGACUCUAUACUUUUUAAUGUUUGGCCACCUGUGGGGAGCAUGGUUAACAAAAUAGCUGGACUUAUUUAACUGAUAUAUUAAGCUCAUUGUGUUAAUAUUGAUGUAAAAUUGGCUUCUGGCUCAAAGUAUUUGUCAUCAAGUCAACUAGAAGGUAGUUUUUAAAAACGAGUUGUUAUAGGGAAAGGUAGAGUCAGAUAUCCUGAUCCCAAGACUAAGUAAGAAAUAAAAAUAUACCAAGAGUUGGCCUGACCUGGAGCGUCAGUUAGAUGAAUUCCUUUGAUGUUCAAAGAGGCAUUAAUUACUGAAGUCUCACAGAAACCGCAGGGGAGUGAGGGGAACAAAUAUUUUGCUGGUAUUUAUCUCUGGUCCAGCUGAGUACAGCUGUGAGAUGAAUUCAGUGAACAAAACUAUACUUAUAUAGGACUAGUAUCAUUGAACUAAACAGGCUUUUUUUAUUUUUAACCAUUUCUUAUUAUACUUCUGUGAAUUUGGCAGAAUUUGGACUUGGAAGGGUCAUUGGCCAUCACGGGCUGGCCUCCCACCCAAUAUAGAGCUCAUUCCUCCUGUGGCACCCUUGGCAGAUGGUCAUCCAGCCCAUUCCAUUGUGGACCUAAUGGUGGUCAUCAUUACCUUCUGGAGCUACACAGAAGAGAGGGCCAAGGGUGCUUCAUGUAUCUGAAAACAGCUGUCUUAUCUUCCUGUAAUCCCUGCUGCUGUUAAAACAGUUAAUCUGCAGUUGGAGAAGAAAGCCAUUACUCUGGAGUGGGAGGUGCCGUCAGCGGCAUUCAAGCUUUCAAAUCCUGAGGGGCUGUCUUCUCAGAAGCUCAGAGAAUUUUGCUCAUUGUGUGUCUAAUUGCCAAGUGUAGGCAGGUUUCGUUGGAAACCGGCUCCACUGGGCUGUCAUGGCAACCUGAUCAUCAAAUGACACAGCGGCCACAACAGCGAAUGAGAAAAUUGUACAAGCUGGAGAUAAGGACCUUGAUGGGCAGCUAGACUUUGAAGAGUUUGUCCAUUAUCUCCAAGAUCAUGAGAAGAAACUGAGGCUGGUGUUUAAGAGUUUGGACAAAAAGAAUGAUGGACGCAUCGACGCUCAGGAAAUCAUGCAGUCUCUGCGGGACCUGGGCGUCAAGAUAUCUGAGCAGCAGGCAGAAAAAAUUCUCAAGAGCAUGGAUAAAAAUGGCACGAUGACCAUUGACUGGAACGAGUGGAGAGACUACCACCUUCUGCACCCUGUUGAAAACAUCCCCGAGAUCAUCCUGUACUGGAAACAUUCCACGAUCUUUGAUGUGGGUGAGAACCUGACGGUCCCCGAUGAGUUCACAGUGGAGGAAAGGCAGACGGGCAUGUGGUGGAGACACCUUGUGGCAGGAGGUGGGGCGGGGGCUGUAUCCAGAACCUGCACUGCUCCCCUGGACAGACUCAAGGUGCUCAUGCAGGUCCAUGCCUCCCGCACCAACAACAUGUGCAUCAUUGGAGGAUUUACCCAGAUGAUUCGAGAGGGAGGGGUCAGGUCGCUCUGGCGGGGCAACGGCAUCAACGUCCUCAAAAUUGCCCCUGAGUCGGCUAUCAAAUUCAUGGCAUAUGAGCAGAUCAAGCGUCUUGUCGGUAGUGACCAGGAGACUCUGAGGAUUCAUGAGAGGCUUGUGGCAGGGUCCUUGGCAGGUGCCAUUGCUCAGAGCAGCAUCUACCCCAUGGAGGUUCUGAAGACCCGGAUGGCCCUGCGGAAGACAGGCCAGUACUCGGGCAUGCUGGACUGUGCAAGGAAGAUCCUGGCCAAAGAGGGGAUAGCUGCCUUCUACAAAGGCUACGUCCCCAACAUGCUGGGGAUCAUCCCCUAUGCCGGGAUAGACCUAGCUGUCUAUGAGACACUUAAGAAUGCCUGGCUGCAGCGCUACGCAGUAAACAGUGCAGACCCUGGCGUGUUUGUGCUCCUAGCCUGCGGUACCAUGUCCAGCACUUGUGGACAGCUGGCCAGUUACCCACUGGCCCUGGUCAGGACCCGGAUGCAGGCACAAGCUUCCAUUGAGGGUGCGCCGGAGGUGACCAUGAGCAGCCUCUUCAAACAGAUCCUGCGGACCGAAGGGGCCUUUGGUCUGUACCGAGGGCUAGCCCCCAACUUCAUGAAGGUGAUCCCUGCCGUGAGCAUCAGCUACGUGGUAUACGAGAACCUGAAGAUCACCCUGGGUGUGCAGUCACGGUGACGGGACGGAGGGCGGCCCUCCCCGCAGACUCGCUGAUCCUGGGCCUGCAGCCCCAGGAUGUGUAGCCAUCUCAUUCUGUGAAUGUGCCAACACUAAGCUGACUGAAGCCAAGCUGUGAAACCCUGGGAUGUACCCACAGGGGAGGGGGAGCUGGCAUGCCCGCUGGGUUUGCCCUGCUGACCCCAGCCGAUCCUCAUGUUGAUUCCAGGGGAGACCCUUGGGUAUUCCUCAGGGUCCAGGGGUCAGCAGGAUCCAGGCUCUUACGCAUAGAGACAGGGACGUUUCCUUCAGUGCCUGCCAAAUAGCAGAGCUUGGAGACCGGAUUAGUUCUUCCAUGUCGCCCUAGCAUCCAGACCAUCAGUGCAGGCCCUUUGCCCUCUGGCCUGCUGAGCGCAUUCCCCAUGCCCAUUUGCUUCCUUCCUCUCGGCUGUUUUAGUAGGAGGAAGGCUACCCGCCCACCCCCGCCCUCUCCUUGUUUCUCUCCCAUAAUCCUGUGGUGAAAGGGAUUUCACCUGACUUCACAAACCUUACUUCCCCAACUUCUGUGUCGAUGCUGACAUGGUCGUGCAGGGAAGGGGGAAGAGUCUAGCUUUUGUGCUCACCCUCAUCUGAGCUCAUAGCAGAUGGGCCCCAGGUGUCGUGUACAUGCAAAGGUGGGCAGGCCAAGUCCUACCUCUUUGCUACCUGCCGUUUUGGUGCAUGGCUUCCUGGAAGGCUGGUGCCAGGGCCUGGAACCCAGAAGCUCUGCUCCCUGCUUGGGGUCUCAUGAUGCCCUGAGCUGGCCCCAGCCUCUGCCAGGACAGGUACCAGCUCAGAACCAAGCUCACUGUCCCUGCUCUGUGGCAUGAGGGCAAUGGGGGCCAGUGUUUCGGGGGGAAGGCAUAUCUGCCCCAUGUCUUCAUCCCCUGGUGAGAGGGAAAAGGUGGUAAAGGCCUUAAUUAUGUAUUGUUGGGAAAAGGGUUUUGUUCAGCAAGAUAAGCUGGACAAAUGUGCAAGUUUUUUGCUUCCAGAGAGAAGACGAAGGGAGUAGACAGAGUUCUGCUGAUGCAUUAAAGUCUGUUUCUGAUGCCCCAGGGGAUUUAUGUCCAAUCCCAACUUGGGCAAAGUGGGACCAGCCUCACAUUCCACUGAUGCAACGUGUCACACUGCUCGGAGCCUAUUUAUUUUGUAUUUAUUUGAACAGAGUUAUGUCCUAACUAUUUUUAUAGAUGUGUUUAAUUAAUAGCCUGUCAUUUUCAAGUUCUUUUUGUAUUCAUAUUUAUGUUCAUGGUUGAUUGUACCUUCUCAACACCAUGUGGUGGGGUUUGAGAAGGGAAAGGACAGAGGGGCCACGGGAGCCACCCUGCCCGCUGCCCAUGGUUAUGUCAUGUCUGUCCAAAGAAAUUCCUCUUGGAACUGGAGGUGGAGAAGGAAGGACAGAAGGGUGGGGAGGCUUGUCCUUUGGCAGGCAGAGCUGGGUCUGUGCUGUUUGGGAGCUUCCUGUUAUGUGUGUCCUGGAAGGAAUGCGCACAGGAAACCUCAGGAUCUGAGAUCCUGAAGGCGUAUUUGACUAGGGCUGGGAAGGUUGGGAGAGAAGUCCCAAGGAUGUAGAAAAUGGAAGUCCAAGUUAUUUCCUGGACUGAAAGGAUUUUAUUAUUUCACCCUUUUUGAAUCAAAAGGCAAUGAGGUGCCUUUCGCUGUGGGUUUGUGGUGAAUGGGUGGGUGCUUGAAGGGAGGGUGACCGGCUCCACCAUCAUCCCUCCCUGCCCUCUGCUGCCCCGCUUGAUAAUGCCGGUCAACUGGCAACUGAAGAGUUGUACUUCCUUCCACCAGAACAGUUGCACUUCCAUUCCAUCUGAAUGGCCUAAUGAGGAAAAUUUAGAUAGGAUGCAAAGAUCAAUGCAAAAAUUAUUGUUAUAUAUAAAUAUAUUAGUUAUAACUGGAAUUUCUCAAAGAGCAAAUUAAGAAAGAAUUGGAAGUUGUCAUUUAAAACAGCCUUCUAAUAAAGUCAUUUCAAAGCUGACGAUGGAACCCUGAUUUUUCUGAUUUGGGCU